CUCACAGGCCGCAGGCUGCCUGCUUGCCUGCCUGGCUGGUGCACAGCCUUCCUCACUCAGCCGGCCCUGCCUCCCCCAGGGCUGGCAUCCUGCUCUCUGCCCUGGGGCCUGGCCUAUGUGUUCAUUGCAAAGGCUGAAGGGGCCGCCUCUGCUCGCCCUCCCAUCCCUGGCCACAGCUCCUUCCUCAUUUGCUGCUGGUUCUAGUCCUAAACAAAACAGGUUGAGCCCUUUCUCCCCCUGUGGCAGUUGUCUCUGGCCUGUGGCUGCCUUCUAAGCACUGCAGACGGCGCCGGCUUGGACAGGAGGGGGCCUGGACGGUGCUCCUGGAGCCUGGCCACAGUCGGCCCUGCCCAGGCGGGAGUGCAAGCUUUGCUCAGCAGACACAAGGAUGAUGCCUCAGCUGCAGUUCCGAGAUUCUUUCUGGUGCAGGGAUUUCACGGCCCACACAGGCUAUGAGGUGCUGCUACAGCGGCUGCUGGAUGGCAGAAAGAUGUGCAAGGACGUGGAGGAGCUGCUGCGGCAGAGGGCCCAGGCAGAGGAGCGGUAUGGGAAGGAGCUGGUGCAGAUUGCGCGGAAGGCAGGUGGACAGACGGAGAUCAACACCUUGCGGGCCUCCUUUGACUCCCUGAAGCAGCAGAUGGAGAACGUGGGCAGCGCACACCUCCAGCUGGCCCUGUCCCUGCGUGAGGAGCUGCGGAGCCUGGAGGAGUUCCGAGAGCGCCAGAAGGAGCAGAGGCGCAAGUAUGAGGCCAUCAUGGACCGCGUCCAGAAGAGCAAACUGUCACUCUACAAGAAGGCCAUGGAGUCCAAAAGAACAUACGAGCAGAAGUGCCGAGACGCCGACGACGCUGGGCAGGCUUGUGAGCGCAUCAGUGCCAGUGGGAGCAGCGCCAGCCAGAAGCAAGUGGAGAAGAGCCAGAACAAGGCCAAGCAGUGCAAGGAUGCAGCCACCGAGUCAGAGAGGGCGUACAGGCAGAGCAUCGAGCAGCUGGAGAAGGUUCGGGCCGAGUGGGAGCAGGAGCACAGGACCACCUGCGAGGCCUUCCAGCUGCAGGAGUUUGACCGGCUGAUCAUCCUACGCAAUGCCCUGUGGGUGCACUGUAACCAGCUCUCCAUGCAGUGCGUCAAGGAUGACGAGCUCUAUGAGGAGGUACGGCUGACGCUGGAAGGCUGCAGCGUGGAUGCUGACCUCAACAGCUUCAUCCAGGCCAAGGCCACAGGAACCGAGCCCCCUGCCCCAGUGCCCUACCAGAACUACUACGACCGGGAAGUCACCCUGUCAACUGGCAGCCCUGGUGUACAGCCAUCCUGCGGCAUGAUAAAGAGGUUCUCCGGGCUGCUGCAUGGAAGUCCAAAGACCACAUCCUCGCAAGCUCCUGCUGCUUCUACAGAGACCCUGACACCCACCCCUGAGCGAAAGGAGUGCGUCUAUGCGGACAUCGCCGUCCCUGCGCAGGAGGCCCCCGCCCAGGACUACCGGGCACUGUACGACUAUGCAGCACAGAGUUCUGAGGAGCUGGACAUCUCUGCGGGGGACAUCCUGGCAGUCAUCCUAGAGGGGGAGGAUGGCUGGUGGACAGUGGAACGGAAUGGGCAGCGUGGCUUUGUUCCCGGGUCCUACUUGGAAAAGCUCUGAUCAACCUACGCUGCCUGUGGCCAGGACGGUGCUUGCUGCUUCCCAGAAUAAAAGUGUGCA